AGAAAGAGCAUACGCCGAAGAAGUCAGUCGGCUGUCUGGUUUGUUUACAUCAGGAGGAGGCGGCAGAACAGAGGCUGUCUUGACAGAAUGCCGCAAAGUUUUUACUGUGACAUGUAACAUCAAAUGAUAAGGAGCCAUGGGCGCGUUAACGUUUCUGUCUGUGCUGUACUGGUUGCUGUUUUGCCCACUGGUGUCCGGGGAACAGGUGGCAUUUGUAGAGGUGUUUCUGGAAGACCAUCAGGAUGUUUUACAGGGAGAGGUGGUCCAGGAGAGUCUGGAGAACGACCCCGUGGAAAACCAAAGCAAAAAGAAACACGAUCUCGAAGGAGACCUGGUUUUAAUAAAAGAUGAAGCUCUUGAAACGAAUGGUAAUGAAAAAUAUCCAAAAGAUCAGAACCCCUGGAUAGGAGUGGUACCGGUCCGAAUGGAGGAAGGCACAGUUUCUAAUAACAACAACCAAGAGUCUUUUGCUUCCUCUGUGGUUAAUAAGAUGAAGCGAGCUCUUGUUUUAGGUGCAUCUGCUUUGAUCAUACUGGCCUUGAACCAGAAUACCAUCAGAGAGAUGGAUCUCUCUCAGGUCCUCUCUAAGCCAAUCAUUGUUAUUCAGACGUCCGAAAAUGUUACAAAGCUCAUCGGAGCACUCCUCAGGGGCCUUCAUGCAACAGCAAAAAUCACCUAUAAGACUUUUCUACAGGACAGCCUGGGGGCCACCCUGACCCUUUGGUCCACCUGUGGGCGUUCGAGAAGCGGGCUGUACGGAGAGUGGCAGGGGGUCAUAUGCACCGGAGAGACCAACUCUCAAGUCCAAAAAUAUCUUCAGCAGCUGUGGAACACUGUUGUUCUGGUGGCCCUGGUCCUCUGCACAGGUGUCAUAGUUCAAGCACGCUGGCAGUUCCAGGACAACCAGUUCAAUGAUGAUUUAGAGUCACACCUUAAGCAGGACGUUUUAAAGAGAUUAUCAGCACUGAAGACCAGAAUAUACCGGCAACCUAAAGUGAGGUGUGACCCAACCCAAACACAGCCAAUGGAGAUGGAGAAUUGUGCAGUUUGUUUAGAGCAAUACAACAACAACCAGUGUUUAAGGGUGUUACCGUGUCUCCACGAGUUCCACAGAGAUUGCGUGGAUCCCUGGCUUCUCCUGCAGCAGACCUGUCCACUCUGCAAACGCAGUGUACUCGGUAAUCAUUAUUGACCUGGACCAGAAUGGAUUAGUGGAUUUAGACUGACAUCCCUGCGUGGUUCAGGAUUUCAUGGCAACUAAACACCUCCUGUGUACUGUACGGUCAGGAUGCC